CUGCCUACUCGUGAAGUGAGGAUCUCUUUCCGUCGAUCGGUCCCUUAAGAGGACUGGCGCACGAAAGACCCUUAUUCGGGUCAAGUAGGCCGAGGAGGCAAAGGCUCAGGCCUACAGAUUUAGGUCGUUAUUCAUAAGAAUUCGGAGCAUGGGAAGUUGGAAUGUAUUGAGUUUGGUGGCUGCAGGAUUUUCUAGCAUCGUGAUUCUAGGUUGCAUCUGUUAUUACAACAAAAAGAAAGACAAUCAGGAUAAUCUCCCUGAAGAAGGAUGUGAAAACAAAAGAAGUUCUGAGUACAUGGAUGGGAUUUCUGGAAAGAAGCAACAGACGGAGAAUUUAGUCAGCAUGUCUGAGCCUAGCAGCAGUUUGGAAUCGCCAUCCUCUCUGGGUAGAAGUGGUGAACCAAGUAAAGCUCAGGAACAACCACCAUCAGUGACUAAGGAUAUUGGGGCCAGAAAUGGCAAAAUACCUGAAGAGCAUGAACCCAAGAAGAGAGUUGGGGCAGAGUGUGACUCUGAAAAUAGGAAAAGAAAAGACCAAGGAAGCAAAAACCACAAUCAGCCCUCAACACUUGAGGACUUUGGGUAUUGCUUCAAUCAGGAUGGUGAACUGAGGAGGAUAAUGGAUGGAGGGAGAUUUGUGUUUGAAGAGAAACCUGGUGAUCAUGCAUAUAAUCAAGCCAGAUACGAGGAGCUUGGGAAUGUGAUCACAGAAUAUAUCUAUGGCCUCCUGGAGGAUCCCAAGCAUUGUGACUUGAAUCGCGUGGACAUUCCCUUGAAAAAGGAAAAGGGGAAUGCAAAAAAGGAUAAGAGAUCCUUCAUUUUUGUAAGCAAGGAUUUGGACAAGAAAGAGGAUAUCCUUAUACUUAUACACGGCAGUGGACCUGUGCGAGCAGGGCAAUGGGCUCGAAGGUUAAUCAUGAAUGAAAACUUGGAGAAGGGGACUCAAAUUCCCUUCAUUAAGGAGGGAAUGAGACUAGGAUUUGGGAUCAUUGUCCUCAAUACCAAUGAUGCUGCUUCUAAACAAGUCCAUGGAAGCGAGAGUGGAGAGAAGCAUGCCAUAUAUGUGUGGGACCAAUUCCUCAAGGGAAAGGAGAAGAAAGUUGGUAUCAUUGCCCACAGCUAUGGAGGAGUUGUUACCAUGCAUCUUGGAAGCGAGAGUGGAGAGAAGCAUGCCAUAUAUGUGUGGGACCAAUUCCUCAAGGGAAAGGAGAAGAAAGUUGGUAUCAUUGCCCACAGCUAUGGAGGAGUUGUUACCAUGCAUCUUCUGUCAGAGAGAGAGAUGAGCUUCAAGUCUCAAGUGAAAGCCAUUGCUUUGACUGAUUCUGUGCACCGUAUGGCCUUCGCUUCUAAAUCCAGGCACAAGCAUCUUGCCUUCCUCAAGGAAACAUUGUAUCAUGGGCAGUGA